AUGGCCAAGAUUAAGGCUCGGGAACUGCGCAGCAAGAAGAAGGAGGAGCUGCUAAAACAACUGGACGAUUUGAAGGUGGAGCUAUCCCAGCUUCGCGUCGCCAAGGUGACAGGCGGCACCGCGUCCAAGCUCUCCAAGAUACGAGUUGUCCGCAAAUCCAUCGCCCGUGUUCUCACCGUCAUUAACCAGACUCAGAAGGAAAACCUCAGGAAAUUCUACAAGGGCAAGAAGUACAAGCCUCUGGACCUGCGACCCAAGAAAACUAGAGCCAUGUGCUGUCCGCUCACCAAGCACGAGGAGAAGCUGAAGACAAAGAAGCAGCAGCGGAAGGAGAGGCUGUACCCACUAUGCAAGUAUGCGGUCAAGGUCUAA